GAAUAAAUACAAAUUUAGAAUUGAUUUCUUUUAUUUUCAAUAAUAAGGAUAAAAAAAUAUAUGUAAUUAUUACUACUUUUCUUACAUAAGAUAAUUUGUCGUGAUUAUCUGGAGGAAGUCAAUGGAUUGGAGAAUACAGCUUGAAACAUUUUAUUUAAUUAUACAUUAAUGUAUAUUUUUUUUUAAAUUUCAAACUAAGUAAAGUUUAUCUUUCCGGUUGUAUUCCUAGUCUUAUACUUUCCAUUCAUUCAAUAUUUAGGGAGGACAUAUUGAGAAAGCUGUAGACUGGCUUCUAAGGCUUCCGACUGAUGAUGAUACAAUGACAAGAACAGAACCAGCAUUAUCCGAAGCACAAGUGAAUCCACAAUGUGAAGAACAAACAUCUGUGAUACCAAGUCAUGAGUCAGAAAGGAAAUUAACGUCAGUUGGAUUUACCAAAGAACAAGCAAUAGGCGCUUUGAAAUACACCAACGGAAAUGAAGAGGAAGCUGUAAAUUUACUUCUUAGUUCUGUCAAGGAUUAUGACAUGGAACAAAUGAAAGCGGCAAUGACCGAAGUUGAAGAAGAAAUAAAAGAUUCAGAUGAAGAAAGAGGUCAUGAAUUUUCAGCGUCAACUACAAACUUCCCGUCAGGAAGCACAGAUGAAACUAUCAUCGAUACUGAAAGUAGGGGAAAUAUCGAAAAUGACAUAAUAAACCGACUAAAAAAUGAUGGUGUGAUUGCCACUGCAAAAUUUCUGAUGGUGGAAGCAACGAAAUGGAAAAGAGCGAGAGUAAAGUUUGCAGUUGCUGGCCAAAGUUCUGCAGGAAAAUCUUCAUUUAUAAAUGCGAUCAGAGGUGUUGAUUAUAGAGACAAAGGGUAUGCGAAGGAAGGUUUUGGAGACACAACACUGGAGGUUAAAGCAUAUGUACAUCCUACUUUUAAGCAAAUAGUAUACUUCGACGUACCAGGAUAUGGCACUACAACCAUAACAAGAAAGAAAUUUCUUGAAAAAGUCAAAAUAUUAGAGUACGAUAUGUUUAUAAUUUUUUUUGUAAGUGUUCCAACACCCGAAGAUGAAUGGUUGGUUGGACAGCUACAAAAAGCAAAAAUACCGUUCUGCUUUGUGAGAACAAAACUUGAUAUAGACAUAGAAAAUGGUAAACGAAUGGGUAAAAAUGAAGAGACAGUUCUUAAAGAUAUCAUGGAUACCAUUACCAGAGCAACAGAAAGCAUGCCAGUUUUAAAUGAUGAGCAAGUAUUUAUCAUUUCAAAUUCAAAACAAUCUGUAGGCGACAUGUGCAAAUUAAUUAAAUUCAUGCAACAAAAAGUAACAACGGUAAAGUUUGAAGCAAUUCUGUUUUCGAUUCCUGCUUUUACGGAGGAAAUUAUUCAGAAAAAAUACCAGGAUUUAAUAGACAGACUUCCCCGUGUGGCAUUUUUACAUGCAAUGUAUUUCAACUAUAUUCAUUCAUCAUUAUGGCAAGACCAGUACAACGAGUUCAACUAUGACUGUAAUAUACGAAAUGAAAUUACAAUGUAUUUUAGAGUAUUUGAACUAGACAGCAUAUGCUCAAAAGAUGUCCCAGGUUUAAAACACAACUUCUCUGACGAACAUAUUAUAAAACUUUUAAAGGAUUUUCAGGAAGUAAUGCCAGGACUUGGUGUACAGUUAGUGCCGAUUUAUUCUGUGAUUAAGAAGUACAGAGUUUGCAAGAAGUACCUGACAAGCCUGUUGGACGAACUCAAAAUGGAUUCUUACACAAUGUAUAUGUACAUUACAAAACAAUUAUAAGAACUAUAUUCGGGUUUUCUGAAAAUCCUGUUAAGUUCAACGAGUUUCAUUACUUUAAAUCUUUAAGCAGACAACAUAUAGAAAGAAACGAAUUUGGAAAUAAUAGGAAACGAACAAUAUUAGUCAUAAGUAGAAUAUCGUUUUCAAUUGUAAAUCGACUACUACUAUAAUUCAUUUUGCAAUCACAUCGUGAGUGAAAUCAUUAUCUAUUUUAAAUCAUAAAUCAAAAAUCAAGUGAGGGACACUAGAUACGAGAUAUAUAAAACUUUUUUUGUUCAAUUGUAAAAGAAAGUGAAAUAGUGAAAUAAUAAUUCGCUUUUAGCAGCCAGUAUGCUUUAAUUGUGUCAAAUUAAGCUAUGAGACAUUGAUGAUAAAUUAUUCACUUGCAAGUAAAUAAUUCGACCUCGUUGAAUCCGUUUUCAUGUGAACUGAAAUUUAACCCCAUAGCCAGAUAUUGAUAAUGCAUGAAAUGUUCGUGUUCGGAUAUUUAAAAGAAAAGAAUGUUAACAUUGAAAGUGAAACAAAGAGAAAUCAUUUGAUUGACUGAUUCGAUCCACAAAAACUCAUUCUUAAACAGGUACAUGUAAAAACAAUUAUUAACAUACAUUUUUAAUCUAUAAUAUGAAAUAAAACAGACAUAGAAAAAUCCAAUUGCACGAGUUCGAUUUCUAUUUAUAUCUAUGUGUAUGUUUAUAUCACGUACAUGACCAUCGGAGGUGUUUGCAGGUCAACUCGAUAGUUAAUUAGAUGGCGUCAAGACUAAAAUACACACGAAACGAAGCUACAUAUUAUCGAGCCCAUGCCCUGUAAAUUGUUUAUAGUAGACUUUUUAUUAUUUGAAUAAAUGUUUUACAUGGUUAUUAAUCAAAUACGAGAAUUUGAAUAAAGUCAGUGAACAUGAAUUCUACAACUAGUGCCCCUUUAAAGAUAUUUUCAUUGAUUGUCUAUUUAAUCUAAAAUGGUCGGAACUGAUUGUAUCUAUGCUGUUCAUAUCUAUAAUAACACGAAAAAGGCAUUGG